UGGUCUCUGUAAACUCUGUUAGUUUAUGAAGUUUCAUGAUGGUUUAAAUAUAAAUGUAUAAUUUCACACGUGGAUCACUUCCUGUCCUUUGGUGUAUUUAGUCCUCCAGGUGUUCACAGUGACCUUCACUGGACGCGUCAUACAGACACAUCAGAGUUCAGUACAGGUGAAGUCUCAUAUCAGAUGAUCUCAGCUUCAGUUCUGUGUGUCUGUGGAUCCGGGUCUCUGCCUCCAGGGAGGGCAGCCCAGCUCACCACAGCGCCGCCCUCCCUCUCUCUCAGUCCGGCUUCUUCUCCUCCAAACAGCGCUCACAGCAGCGCCUUGACAGCCGCCCAGCAGCUGCGCUUCUCCCGCUGCUCAAACACUCCGCUCCGCCGGCUGCUCGUUGGCUUCCGUCGGUACCGGUUCGGUUCUCCUCACACACCGACUGCUCACCGGGAUUUUGAUCGGUUUUUCUUUCUUUUCUUUUCUUUUUUUUUGUUGUUUUUUCGGUGCAUGGAUGGAUUCGGCGAGUGAUCCGGGAAGGAGCGGCUCUGAUCCGCCGGUCACGGAGACGCCGUCGAGCUUGGAGACUCUGCGGGGUGAAGAACACCUGACUCCGGCUCGGAGACACAGCAGCUCCGGAUCCAGCUCCUCCGGCUCCGGCUACAGCAAAGGUCCGUCAGCAGGCGUGAAGAAGACGCACACAUCUCAGAUUGAAAUCAUUCCCUGUAAGAUCUGUGGAGAUAAAUCAUCUGGGAUCCACUACGGCGUGAUCACCUGUGAGGGCUGUAAGGGUUUCUUCAGGCGGAGUCAGCAGAGUAACGCCGCCUACUCGUGUCCUCGCCAGAAAAACUGUCUGAUCGACCGAACGAGCCGCAACCGCUGCCAACACUGCCGUCUGCAGAAAUGUCUGGCCGUGGGCAUGUCCCGAGACGCUGUGAAGUUCGGUCGCAUGUCCAAGAAGCAGCGCGACAUUUUGUACGCCGAGGUGCAGAAGCACCGCCUCCAGCAGCAGCAGCAGCAGCAGCAGGGCCCACUCAUCCUGUCCCACCCCAGCAUUGGCAGCCCAAGCCCGGGCGAGUCUGAGCCGCUGUCCCCUCACUACUGCCUCUCCUCCAGGGGCCUCACGGAGCUGCCCGAUGAGUUGGGAGGCUACAUGGAACAAAACUCACCUGAAGGAGGAUCAGUAUCAUCCAAGGCAGACUCUGGAGGAGGAGGAGGAGGAGGAGGAGGAGGAGGUGGGUUCUAUCUGGACUUCCAGCCAUCGCCGGACCAGUCAGGGCUCGAUAUUAACGGCAUCAAACCAGAGCCGCUGUGUGACUACGGCUCCAGUAACGACUUCUUCCCGUACUGCUCCUUCAGCAACGGAGACACGUCACCCACAGUGUCCAUGGCUGAACUUGAUCAUCAGGCUCAGAUCAUCUCAAAGUCUCACCUGGAGACGUGUCAGUACCUGAGGGAGGAGCUGCAGCACCUGAGCUGGCAGAACUUCCUGCAGGACGAGGUGGAGAACUACCAGAGCAAGCCGCGGGAGGUGAUGUGGCAGCUCUGUGCCGUAAAGAUCACCGAGGCCAUCCAGUACGUGGUGGAGUUUGCCAAACGCAUCGACGGCUUCAUGGAUCUCUGUCAAAACGACCAGAUUGUGCUGCUGAAAGCCGGAUCUCUGGAGGUCGUCUUCGUCCGAAUGUGUCGCGUGUUCGACUCUCAGAAUAACACCGUCUACUUCGAUGGGAAGUUUGCUGGUCCUGACGUCUUCAAAGCAUUAGGCUGUGAUGACUUGAUCACGUCAGUGUUCGACUUCGCUAAAAGCAUGUGUUCUCUGCACCUGUCGGAGGACGAGCUCGCUCUCUUCUCAGCGUUCGUUCUGCUGUCUGCAGACCGGUCGUGGCUGCAGGAGAAGCUGCAGGUGGAGAAGCUGCAGCAGAAAAACUCAGCUGGCUCUGCAACACGUCCUGCAGAAGAACCAGAGAGGAGGACGGACUGCUCAACAAGCUCAGAUGUAAGGUGUCAGCGCUGCGUUCCCUGUGCUCCCGUCACACGGAGAAGCUGUGUGCGUUCCGGGCCGUGUACCCGGACGUGGUGGGUUCUGACUUCCCUCCUCUUUAUAAGGAGUUGUUUGGCGCUGACCUUGAACUGACUCUGCGGAGCGACGGCGACUAAACGUCGACCACGCUCCCGGAUUUGGAUGAACCGAGCCCCGCGGAGGACCGGGCGGUGACUCACGCCGCCGCCGUCCUUCUCUUCUCCUGGAGUCCACAAAUAACGGAGAGAUUUGAACUCCUCUUUCACCUCCUCCUGCUCCUCCUCCUCCUCCUCUCAUGGCUCUGGGUUUGGAUGCAGUGAGGAAUCAGGUGGUUUCCCUUCAUCUGCAUUCACACACACAUCUCGUGUUCAGGAUCGUGGAUGUCUAUCUUCAGUAUUCGCACUGAAACCUGCUUCAGCUUCGACACGUCAGCUCUUCUUCUGCAGGUUCAGCGCCACGGCAACAUUCAUCUGCAAACCGGAUCAGCUGGAAGCUCGGUGACGCUCUGACAUCAUUCAGUCUGCUGCCAGGCCAGCUGGACAGAACACAAACACUCAAACACGAGCUCCGAUAAGAAAGUUUACAACCGUGCAACGGUACGAAUUUCCAGUUUGUUAACGAUGCUGGACAGUGAACGCCUCAUCUGUCUCCACAUUAAUGUUUUGAGCCUCAUCUUUGUUUUCAUGUCCAUAAAAAACAUCAUUUUAGACUUCAAAGGUUUUAAAGUUUGAGUCUUCUAGAAAAAGUUUUGUGGCUUUGAAUAUUUGUCAUACGUCAGAGUUUAAGUAGGUUUAGAUUCUUAAGACUUUAAAUAAGACGCUGCUUUCCAUAAACGUGAUCAGACAGAAGCAGCUGAGCCAAAUCCAACAUCAGUGCUUCCUGUUUUGUCUUGAUGUUUCUCUUCAUUUGACCCGUGAAGUUCUUUUCUGGUUCCGGUUCCGGUCACUCAGGUUGAUGCAGAUCUUUAACAGCAAACAUCAUCUUCACGUCUCUGCUCGGCAGUUUGACCUGACUCUUGAUGAUGUCAUCAGAUUUUGAUUUUGGUUAAAUCUAUUUCAUUUAAUGCUGCCGACUCAUCCAGAAGAGACGUGAACAGUGAUGUUUGAAACCUUCUCCACAGCACCAACCGCUGAGGCUCAUGGGUACUGUAGUAUUUAGAGCCUUGUGUGUGUCACUGCUGAAUGACAUGAAAAACUGAUGUUACUGAACAGGUGAGUCACGGUGACGUCACAAUGUUCAUUCAGGAUUCAUUUGAUUGUUUAACAGAAAUAAUUUCAUCCUCCAUGACUUCAUUCCUCCUCCUCCUCCUCCCAGCAGCCUCUUCUUCCUCCUCAGUGUGUGCAGAUGUUGCCAGAUGUUGCCAGAUGUAGCAGAAACGUCAGAGUCUGCAGACAGCAGCACCAGACGGAUGGUUAGCCUGUAGCACCAGCUGGUGGCCUGGACAGGGAAGUGCAGCUUCUCUUGUUUCUCCUGUCAGUUUGUUUACAGCACGAUCGGAUGCCGUCAUCCAAUCAGAGUUCAAACAAUUCAAAACAUCAGGAAGAAAUUUGUUGUUUAAGACAAACCGUGUCGGCAGCGUUCAAAAGCUCAGACUUCCUGUCCGUGGCUCUCAGCUCCCAUUGGUUCAUACUGAAGAUGGAAGUAUUCAAAAACACGUCACAAAUAUGUCAUGUCAUGUUUAAAGUGCAAAAAUCAUCGAUCAGCAUACAUUUGUUUCACAGACUCGUCGUCCAAUCAAAAAGCAGAAGACGCCCACGUUCGAUUAGGCGCCGACGACACCUGUUUUUUCUUUUUAUAGAAACUUUGUCAGCGUUCGCCUCGAAACGUUCAGGGUGAUUUAAAACGGUACGAAUGUCAAUAUUAACACCAGCAUUGAUGUUUCAUCACAGUACAGUCGUAUAAUUUAGUUCAAUAAUAAUAAUAAUAAUAAUAAUAAUAAUAAUAGUUUUUGUAGUGGACGUCAUCAGGACGACAGCAGCAGACUCUACCAAUCCUCGAUCUUGGCGUAGCCAUGAUUCAUGAGAACCUGAUGAGACGAGAAAGCAGAAAAUAAAGAAGCUAAGUUAUUAUUAUUAUUAUUAACAUGUAUUCGUGACACAUGAAUGUGUUCAGAGGGAGAGCAGAGGAGAAGAGCUCAGUGCAUCUGACUCCAAUAUUACAUAAGGAGCCACGAGGAACCUUGAAGAACCAUGAGGAACCUUGAAGAACCAUGAGGAACCAUGAGGAACCUUGAAGAACCAUGAGGAACCAUGAGGAACCCUGCAAACGUGGGUGCAGUUUGUUUAUUAUCAGCAGCUGAUUAAGAGAAAUCUUGAAAUCCGACAAACAGAAGAGAUCUCUGCUCGAACCUCGCGUCCACACAAACGUACAUUUAUGUUUAACUGACGGCAGAAAGAUUUAUUUAGGAUUCAACCAGCUUAACAAAAGUAAUACUGCAAAAAUAAAAGUAUUAAGAGCAAUACAGAAUCUAUGCAGAGUGAAGUAUGGUGAAAAUGUAAGUGUGCUACCUGUGUGUGUGUGUGUGUGUGUGUGUUCAUGUUUGUGGUAAAUUUCAUUCAUGUUUAACGUUUGGACACAGACUGCUGGGAGAAGUGACGUUUUCCCAUCAUCCACAGCUUCACUGUUCUCCUGUUUACCGUCAGCGUAAUCUUUAACGAGUCAACCAAUCUGGAGGAAUAUAAUCAGUAACAUCGCCUGCUCCACCACAUCAGUCUCGAGGUCAAAAUAAAAAUCUGCAUUUCUGCCAAAUAACAAACAGAACUUUAGCCAUAACUGAAUGUCGAGCAAUAAUGUGAAAGUAUUUUUAUCUUUAUUGAUUGUGUAUAGUUUGGAAACAUGGCACGUCAGCACAGUUUCUAAUUUCUAAGAUUUAAUCUGACGAGUUUCCUUUGGGAGAUGCCGUCUCGACCCAUCACGUGAUCACGUACGCUGACGACACGCUCCCUCCAUGCCACCUCUAUUGUUUUUAUUCUGUAAGUAACUUUAUUGAUUAAGUCUGUACAGGCCACAGGAAAAUACUGCUACAGAUGCCUAAUGAGCAUCAGACUUGUUAUCUGUUGAUUGGUAUGCAUCAUAAUGUAUCUGGUUUGAUAUGCACUGCUCUCCGUUAGAUUUAGUUGAGUUACAGAGAGCGUUUUUUGUGUUUUAAAUAUGCGUUUGGUGCUAGGUUGUUAGCAGGGUCUCGAUUUUACCAACUAUGCCACAUUAUGUUUCCCCACAGGGCAUGACAGGAAAAUUCUGCUUUUU